AAGCAAAACCUUCAAACUUUGUAAAAAUUUCACGUUGGUCGGGGAAAAAUUGUGUUGUGAUUCUUGUGAGUGUCGUGGGGAAAAUUCUGUGAAAAUCCUUUAUCUGAGCCAUUCCCGAAGAUGACCAAUCGCAGCCGUGGCACGGGGAAACUCGAGACGGCAAUUGAGAACUGCCGGAGUGAGGGAAAGUGGAAGAGAGUGAUUGAAUUGGCGGAAGAACUGAAGUUGGGCAGUCCGCACUAUGAGAGCUUAUCGAAUUUCCUCAUUGGAGAAGGGAAACUGGAGAGCUUCCUGGAUGAGAAUCCCCCCAUUGAGGCGAAUUAUGCGAAAGCCAAGACGGGAUUAACUGAGGCGAAGAGCUUCCUGCAAAUGGUCACAGGAGAGGAUGGUCAGAAGGCUGGAAUUGCUCUCGAUGCUCACCUUCUCCUGGCCAAGUUGGCCUAUGCCUGUGGCACGUACGAUGAAGUUCUGGAGCACUUUACCAAAGCAGAACUCAAUUCUCUUAGUGAGAAGGAACUCACGCCGCGAAGUUUGAGGAUCCUUGCGGAGUCUUAUGCCAUCAAGGGGUUAAGCUUGGAGAAUCAGGGUCCACAGAAGGGUUCAUCGCGGUACAAAUUGGCCGAGAGAGAAAGUGAAAUGAUUACUUCCUUUGAGCGAGCAGCCGAUCUGGGGUUACUCUACCUUCAAGAUCAGGACAGUGGGGCCAAUGCAAUUGUCUCUGAACCCCGUCGAAUGGGUGCCAUUCUCGAGACAGCCCUACAGCGUGCCCCAAUUGUCCUCAUAAAGGCCGGGAAGCUCCAGGAAGCCAUCGAAAGGUAUCGCGCAAUGUUGACUGCAGUUGAAACGAAAGCCACGCAGAUUCUGCGUCUCACGCUGGCGCGACAGCUGGCUGAAGUUCUCCUGCGUGGCGUCUCGGGCACCAUCUACACCCCACCGAGUACCACCACCCUCCCGCGCAGUGCUCACGGCAAGAAACUCUGGAAGCCACGGAAGUACACGAGUCGCAAUCAAUUUAUGCCACGCAAUCAACCCGAGGAGACCAUCCUGCUGCUCCUCAUCUCUGAAUCACUCGCCGUACGCGAUGCUGUGCUCAGUGUGAGUCCGGAAUUCCGGGAUGUGCGUUCCCACACCAUUGGCAAUGCAACGGCAGUGUAUGAUCUCUUGGCAUUGGCCACAGUGCGCUGGGGUCUCGCAUCAUUGCUCCAUCAGAGCUUCGAGAAGGCGCUUAAGUUCACUUUUGGUGAGCAGCAUGUGUGGAGGCAGUACGCCCUGAGUCUGGCCAGUACUGGGAAUCAUGCUCAAGCUGUACGUGCCCUUACGGAGUCAUCGCUCCUGGUACCUAUGGAUCCACUUCCGUGCCUAAUGUCCGCUCGUCUGUGCUAUGAGCAUCUGGGACGAAUGCAGGAGGGCAUUGAGCAUGCACAGAAGGCCCUAAAGAAGGAAGUGAAGGGACAGAGUCUUAGGCCAUCGCGUGCCCAACUUCUCGUUGGGAUCGGAUGGCAGCAAAUUGCUCUGGGUUUUACACUACGUUCGGAGCGUGAGAAGUACCACAGGCAGGCACUGGAUGCCUUUGAGAAGGCCGUUCAAGCAGACCCAAAUGAUCAUCUGUCGGAAUUCUAUCUUGCCCUACAGUACGCCCUGACCCAUGACAUUCCCUCAGCCAUGGUACACAUCCAGACGGCUCUUGCUCUUAGGGCUGAGCAUGCAAGUAGCCUGCAACUGUUUGCUCUACUCCUAACGGCCAAUCGGAGGCACAAAGAAGCCCUGGCGGUCAUUGAGGAUGCCCUAAUGGAGUUUCCGGAUAAUUUGAGUCUGUACCAGUUGAAGGCACAUCUGGAGUUGCAUCUGAAUGACGGGGAGAAGGCGCUCAAUACAGCCCAGACAUUGCUCAUGAAGUGGAAGGAGUUGUAUGAGAAUCAAUUGAGUGGAGAGUCCACAGUUGAUGGCAUUGAGAAGCAUUCAGAUACCCGAAGUACCAUUCAUCAUUCUUCCCAACUUUCCGAUCGUGAUUCAAGUUCAGUUCAUGCUGCCUCAAUCUCAGCAUCACGCAUUGAGCAAGCAUUGAGUGAAGCAGCAAGCUCCCUGAGUUCCCUAAGUCCACGUCAGGGUCCCCAGAAGGCACUUGUCCUGCAAAUACGCAUCUGGCUGCUAAUGUCAGACGUCUAUUUGGCUCUGGAUCAACCAUCGGAAGCCAUGAACUGUGUCCAGGAGGCAGCCACCAUCAAUAUCCUUUCGCCACAGGUAAUGUAUCAACGUGGUCAAGUAUUUCUGCAUCAGAAUCAACUGAAUGAGGCAAAGCAAAACUUCCUCGAUGCCGUAUCGGUUAAUCCCUACUUUACCGAUGCACUGAGAGCUCUCGGUGAGACCUACCACCUUCUCGAGCAGCCACGUCUUGCUGAGAAGGUUCUCCGGGAUGCUGUGCAAAUUGAUCCGAAUCACGCUCAUCUGUGGUUCACACUGGGGCAAGUGCUGGAAAAAUUGAAUGACUUUGAAGCAGCUGCCGACAGCAUGGCGAGUGCACUGCAACUAGAAACUCACUGUCCUGUACUUCCAUUUACAACUGUAGCUUUAACAUUCGAGUAGAAGUGAUUCAUCUUCUGGAUUUCUUCUAUUCUUUAGGUAUUGUUUCCUAAACAAUUUAUUUCUUCGCAAUAAGUCGAUUUAGUUUUAAAAAAUUGGAAGUAAUUUAGUGGCUUCCAAGAAAGCGGUGAGGAUAUCAGGAGUACUGCAGGUUUGCUUUACUAAUGAACAAAAAAGUUGGAGCCUACAACGGUUUUGACGAAGGACUAACAGAAUCUUCAAAAAGGGCUAAAAGCUUGACUGAAUGGGUCAGAAAAGAUAGUCUCUAAGAUGAUCUUAAUCAGUUUCAAAUCAACUGAAGAAGAAGACUUAGAAGAGAAGUCCUGGAAUCCUACGAAACUGUUAAAGAAGUAUCAGUUUUUAUGUCUUUUAGCAGUUGGUAUUAACUGAUUUUGAAGAAGGCUGAAAGAAAGCUUAAAACUGCUGAAGGUCUGAGCAGAAGUCUUAGACCUAAAAAUAUUUUGCAUGCUUUGAUUUACCGAAGAAACUGGAAGCUGUUGUCAAAACCUUCAUCAGGACCUACGCUUGUUUGUUUUGAUGAAGCCUUAGAUCUGAGGUAAAACGUCUUGUUCAUUUGUCUAUUUAGUAAUGAAGACUAAAAUAAAAACGUCACAGAGUUAGAACAAGCUUAGAGUCAGGGCUUCAAUAGAAAACAAAACUAUUUCACAUCUGAAAGCUGUUAAAACCUUCAUCAGGACUUAGUUUUAAUUAAGGCUUAGAUCAGAAGUAAAAUUUCUUUGUCCGUCAAUUUAGUAAUGAAGACUUAGGGAACAACGUCUAAAAACAGAGUUCGAACAAUCUUAAAGUCCUUAGUCCUUUGAAACCUUAGAUCAGAAGUAAAUUUUUUUCUUCAUUCGUCAAUUUAGUAAUGAAGACUAAAAUAAAAACGUCAAAAGCAGAGCUAGAACAAGCUUAGAAUUAAGGCCUUAGUAGAAGACAAAACUGUUUGAAAACUGGAAGCUGUUUUCAAAACCUUCAUCAGGACUUACACUUAUUUGUUGAUGAAGCCUUAGAUCAGAAGUAAAGUUUUUUCUUCAUUCGUCAAUUUACUAAUGAAGUCUUAAAAGAUCAGAGUCAAAAGCAGGAGACUCUUCUGAUCCAAAGAAAACUGAAAGAGCUUGGAGAUAAAGAAGCAAAAACGCGCAUCUGCAGUACUCCGGAUAGCCUACAACCAGUUAAUUUGGGAAUGGGUUUGGGUAUUAGACUGUUGAUCUUGUUGAGUAUUUUAUUGAACUCUAUAUCAUUGUUGAUGCAUUUUAGUGGCUUGUUGAUCUGAGGGAUAGGUGAUGUGUGCCUCCCUCUCAAAAUAAAGCAGUAUAUAGUCCAAUGAA